GUACCAACAUCGGCGUCGUCGACGUCGCGAAAGCGACGCAGACGCAGAUUCGGGAAGGACGAGCGCGUGGCUCGGCAAUGGCUUCGUCGACAGUCGCGCAUCAGGAAAUGGACGCGAACCACAAGGCGAGACGCAACAAUUCUUCACUCGCGCACCAGGAGAAUAAGAACAUGGAGGAAGUUGCCGCAACUAAGAUUCAGGCCAGUUUCAGAGGUUACCAAGUACGAAAACAACUCAAAACUAAAAAUGGUGGCACAGAAGCCAUUAGCCAAGGACGUGUUGGUAGACGCAAGAAUUCUGGAAAAUUGAGAUCCAGCGACGUUUCGGCUGUUUCUAAAAACACGUCAGCGAAAAAGAAUUCCGACAUCGAAGAACGUUCUGCGACCAAAAUACAAGCAGGUGUAAGAGGGUUCCUAGUUAGAAGACGCUUCAAAAAGGAUAAGACUAACACGCCAGAAUCUUCGUAGUAAAAGCACGUUUGAGUUGAAGUCGAAGUUUAACCUGUCUUAUCUACAAUAGAAAAUUUAGAGGACUGGUGAAUAUUUUAUCUAUUAGGUAUUCACAAAUUAAGGCAGGUUUUACUUCUGUUUUUCUUCUUUUUAAUGAAAUAAUUGUGAUUGUUUCACUUUCAUUAUACCAAAAAUUAUUAAAAUGAUUACACACAUAUAUAUAUAUUACUACAUAUACGUAUAUUUACACGUGUAUUAAAGAUAUUC